CUUAAACCUUGAGAGACAACCUAUCCAUCUCGCAGGCUAGAUCCGAUCAACUCUUGUCGCGCCACGCCGGAGGACGGUGGAUUGUGCUGGAUAUGGCCCUAGUGCAAUACUCGGAGUCAGAAUCAGAGUCAGGGUCCGAUUCAGAGCCAGUCCACGCGUCUCAACCACCCAACAAAAAGCUCUGUACGACCAAGCCACCGCCCACCCAAUCCCUUCCUCUCCCUCCGCUACCAGCAGCUUUCCAUGACCUUUAUGCCUCAAGCACACGGGUCAGUGUCAGGGAUGACCCAAGUCUUCAUGGAGGUCGUAAACGGGUUAUCCCUCAUGUCGAGGGCAACUGGCCAACGCAUCUAUAUCUGGAAUGGUACGCGUCCAAAGCCGAGCUUACUCUUCUGAGCGAUGUGAUACUGCAGAUCCAGCAGCAGCUGCUCCGCGGGAGCAAAACAAAGCUUCACAGCCUGCUCCAUAGUGAUCUUGGCGCCCAACUGCCUCUCCACAUCAGUCUAUCAAGACCGGUGGUGCUCCGGACCGAGCAGCGUCAAUCCUUCGUGGAGGUCUUUCAAUCCGCCUUGAAGCAGUCCAAUGUCGCACCGUUCGACACCACAGCAAUUAGUCUGGACUGUGUCUCCAACUACGAGAAGACGCGGUGGUUCCAUGUCUUGCGGGUGCGCACCCCCGAGGAUGACGAGUUGAACCGUCUGCUGAGACUGUCGAAUCGUGCGUUGGCUCGAUUCGACCAGCCGCCUCUGUACGAGAAGGCUGUGCCGUUGUUGUCGGCGGAGGCCAAAACUGCAACCCCAGCAAAAUCUUCGCGAGCGAAGACGAAGCCUGAGACCGAGACCGAGACCGACUGCUCGGGUUGCUUCCACAUCUCCCUUGCCUGGAGCCUGACCGAGCCUUCGACGGCAGAGAAAGAGCAGCUUGCCAACAUCGAUCUGCGCGAGCUUCACACCCUCAAGGUCGGCUUUGACUGUGUAAAGGUGAAAAUAGGCAACCAGAUCUCGAGCAUCCCUCUGAACUGAUUUUCUGGGAUAAUCAAUUCUUGGAGUGUAAAUAUUCAUGAUGAGUG